AUGGUUGAGAACCUUGCAGCUGAGGUACCAGCGUUUGGGGGGGCCACAAGCCAUACACGGUGUUUUCUCCAUACAGUAAACCUCGUAGUGAAAUCGCUCAUUCGCGAGUUUGAUGUAACGAAGAAAGAGGCUGACAAAGCCUUGGAUGAGCCUGAGAAUAGUGGUGAUAGAGCAGAGCAGCUGGAGGUAUUGAGCAAGGGGAUUGAUGCAGAGGAAGCAGUGAUGAUAGCUGAAUAUGGUGUUGGGGAUAACAAUGGUAGGGAUAAUGAUGACGGUUGGGUUGACGAAGUCGGAGAGCUCGAUCCUGAUGAACGACUCGCGCUGGAAAAGAGUAUUCUUCCUGUGAAGUUAGCCCUUGUGAAGCUCCGUAAACUGGCCUACAAAGUUAUACAUUCGACGACUAUAGUCCUCCCAGCAUGGCGUAAGAUUCUUGAAGACUUGCAGGCACCUGUUACUCUCAUGCCACGUGAUGUUUCGACCUGCUGGAACUCCACAUUCGAUAUGUUGGAAUAUGCGAUUGAGCAUCGGGAGGCCGUUGAUACCGUGACUCAAUGUUGA